AGCUUGCAGGCUCGCCCUCUGUCGGAAUUCAUGUAGUUUUUUUCCGCCGAUGCUCCGGGCUUGCCUGGUUUUUCCGUUCCUCACCGAGGGGCAGAAGGGCAUUGGCAGUCUGAAUGAUCCUUGCGACUGCAUGCAACAUCACGACUUCUGGGUCGCCUCCCGAAAGGCCCUAGUGGAGAUCUUUUGGACCCCCGGCUAUCCCCUGCGCGCCUUGGAUCCCACGGACCACCUGCACUUCUGGACCCGGCAGCAGUCCUGCAUGUACUCCCCGGAGAACGAGGAGUCUCAUCGGCCCACAGCGCUAUCGGACUGCAUCCCCGGCUUCCUCUUGGUGCACAUCGUCUGCAUGCAGCGGCACGUGGCCAAGCGGAACCCCGAGCGCGCCCUGGACUUCGCCAAUGAGUUGGCGCGGCUGCUGCCUUUCGGGGCCGGGUGCCUGGACCGUGCAGACGGCUGGCCCAUCACCUCCCAGCAGGUCUUGGGCUACUACCGCCGCUUCCGCCGCGCCUUUGCCGCGGGCCCCAACCGCGGCGCGGCCACAGGCGACGCGGAGGCGCGCCGAAGUUGCGCCACGGAGCGGGAGGCGAAGGAGGAGACCACCUCGGAGUGGCCCACGUCGCUGCUGCAGGAGAUGUUCUGGCAGGCUGGGCAAGGUGACGACGCAAGGCAGCUGGGCGAAGAGCCAGACGUUUGUCCUGCAGGCACCUUCCCGCAGCAGGAUGCUUGCUGGCUGCUGGGCAGAGUCGGCGCCAGCUGUCAGGAGGCUUGCGAAGAAGCAGCGAUGCGUGUGAGACUCCGAGAGAAGACCAACGAGCCUGAGCCUUCGCUCAAGUUGUCGCCCGAGCAGUUUCCCGAGCCGCAGGUGCCACACAUCAUCUCCGCCCAGAUUGGCCAGAGGAUGUCUUUGGACAUCCAGCACCCAUGGGCCCCCUUCGAAUGCUACGUGCCAGAGCAGAGUCGGUUCCACUUGGCCGCCACCUGGUUGGAGCAGGACCCUUCCUGGAGCUAUCCUCUUUGUGCUCUGGCCUGUCCCUGCGCACCGGUGCUUGACCUGCAGGAGGUCCUGGAGGCCUUACCUCUCUGGCCGUCGUAGGCACCUUCCGCGUGAGAUCUGCGUGCGGCG